AUGCCCCCUCAGUCUCGACUACCGUCCUUCAAGCCAACUGAGCGUGGUCACGAGGGCUUUUCAAUGUCAGCAUCCUCCUCGAAGAUAGAGGGAUGGGCGAUCGGAUCGGCGCACCAAUUGACACUCUCGACCGGCUGUUCACUCGCGACUCUGCGGUUUACGACCCGUCAUGCGCUCCGAUGGGGCAACGCUCACGCAUCCACUGUGUGGGGACCGUUGAGGUUCGAAACAGGUAUGAAAACAGAGAGUAGACAGUGUCCUGCUCUGCGCCUUGGUCCAGUUGAUACACCUAUCAGACUUGACACAACGGACUUGGGAAACGUGCCUCCUGACACCGCUUGCCGUAUCCCGGCUCCUCGACCAUUUGCCUUAAUCAAGGAAGUUGUGGACGAUAUGUUCAUCCAAGUGAACAAUCGGGACGUAUACGCCGAGGCAAUUUUGGAUACCUUUGUCUUCCAGGCCUUUGAGUUCUAUAGGCGGAAGGUCGUGGACCGAUUAUCGCCGGCGAAACGGGAGAAAGCCCAGAAUGACGCUGUUCACCAGAUAGUGAAGUUGGGGAGGAACUUUCAAGAUACGAACGCAUUUGAUACACUGGUACUCAGCCAGAGCAGAGCGUUCAACGACCUCGUGUGGGAUAAUCCAGAGGUCGCACUUUGGAAGGCAAUGUUCCAGAAUUGUCAGCAUUUCUGCGCGACCCUCUUGAAGUCCAGAUGCUUCUUGCGUAUCGAUGGAUAUGAUAGACCCGGACCGCCGACAACCUCGCAGUCACAGACGAAUACACAUAAGAAAUACGAGUCAUCUCUUCCAAGUGUUUCCAAGGUCUUCACGCUCGUCGACGACCGGAAGCCUGAGGAUGGGGCGACAAUGGUCUCCUUCAAGGAAGCCGAGCUGGAUGAGACACUGAAGUUGCAACCCGAGAGGACUUCUCUGCUUGACAUGAGAAUGUUCGGAAUCCCGCUUCUGACUGACACCGUGGAAUACUCCAGGACCCACAAAAGACUUGGGCAGCGCCGCAACGAACACACCGAUGCUUGGUUUGCGAUCUCAUCCGCGAGCCUGUUCUUUGUUAGCGCAACCAAUGCUCCUCAGGAGCUAACGCAGAAGUUUGAAGUUAGGCUAUUGAACUCGAUCAUGUUCGACGCCUUCAUGCUGCUUACUGAACGAGAGAAGCAGGAUAUCCGUGAUGACGCCGAGUACGUCAGAUUGGUGGCUGAGGCACAGGAGGAACUAGAGAACGCGAAAAGAAAGGGAAAGGUCAAGCAGAUAGAGAAGUGUACGCAGAGGGUCUUAGCUGUCGAGGCAAGAUACGAGGUAGAGUUACCAAAGCUUCGAGCCAAACAGCGCGGAAGCUGGAACUUCCUUGCACGCAUCAAGUCACCUCUUUUCUUGUCUUUAUCGAUAUUGAAGCUCCCUAACGAGCUCCUGCAAGCUAUCUUCCAGUCGCUUCACGAUCAUCGUCCUCUCCUGGCCGCUAUACAAGUAUGCCGCGGAUUUUACGAAGCUGCGCUCCCCAGGCUCUACGAAAACAUCAUCAUCAAUGAUGGAUACGGUGGUUGUCUUGGCUCGGCCCUCAUGGCGCUCGAUCACCACCCGCAAUUGGGGAGCUACGUGCGGACCGUGCUGCACGUCGCUGUAGACAUGUUCACGGACCCUGCAUCCUGGAAAUGGAUCACGCCUCUCUCGAAGCUCCACAACCUCAAAUCAUACACUCUUUCCGUGCCUGAGGACCACCUUACGCGAUAUGUCAACCACGUCUUCCUGAGGUCCGCUCUUCACGCUCUGGCGCUGUGUCCGACUCUGAGGCACAUCUCCCUGGACUUUAACCUCUCUGCUACUUACUUGGGGCUUCCGGCGCUGCCAAUGGAAUCCGGGUCUGCACUGGAUCCUCUGCGAGCGAUGUCCGGACUGCGGAACUUAUCGCUUCGCAAACCUGUAGGGAUGUUCACCACGGAAUUCGCGAAGUGGUUGCAGGAUAUGCCGCAUGUCAAUGAGCUAUAUAUUACGGACAUGGCGGAUAUAUCUCCGGGAAAUUUACCCUCCGUCCUCCCAGGCUUGUGUCAUAUUACUCGUUUCAACCUUGGAGCAAACCACGGGUUGUCUCCAACAGCUCUCUUGCAUGUCCUCAGAGCUCUCCCGCAGCUCAAGGAGGUCUUCACUUUCUACUAUGCCUCACCCAUAGAUACAUUAGAUACACAGAUGGCACCAUCCGCGAGUGCGAUACGUGACCUUACCCUCGACCCACCGGCACUGCUUAUUGAAUAUGCGCAUACUGACUAUCCACCACGUUGGCAUUUCCUCAUUGUCUGA